AUGGAGAACUGCGCACGGGGCUGUGCCCCGGGAGUGCGCUUCUGCCAGAAGCUGAACCGCCUGAAGACCCUGGACGAUGACGUGAUGGCCACGUCGCUGAAGCGGUGCCUCUCCACGGUGGACCUGGCUCUGCUCGGCGUCGGGGGCAUGGUGGGCUCGGGGCUCUACGUCCUGACGGGCACCGUGGCCAAGGACACGGCCGGCCCCGCCGUGGUGCUCUCCUUCCUCAUUGCGGGGAUCGCCUCGCUCAUGGCCGCGCUCUGCUACGCGGAGUUCGGGGCCCGCGUGCCCAAGACAGGAUCGGCGUACAUGUUCACCUACGUGUCCGUGGGUGAGAUCUGGGCCUUCCUGAUUGGCUGGAACGUGAUCCUGGAGUACAUGAUCGGGGGCGCCGCCGUGGCCCGGGCCUGGAGUGGCUACCUGGACUCCAUCUUCAACCACACCAUCCAAAACUUCACCGAGACGCACAUCAUGCGCUGGGACGUCCCGUUCAUCGCCCACUACCCCGACCUGCUGGCCGCGGGCCUCCUGCUGGUGGCCACCCUCUUCAUCUCCUUCGGGGUGCGCGUGUCCUCCUGGCUCAACCACAUCUUCUCCGCCAUCAGCAUGGUGGUCAUCGUCUUCAUCCUCAUUUUCGGCUUCAUGCUGGCCGACCCCGCCAACUGGAGCAAGAAGGAAGGAGGGUUCGCCCCCUUCGGGGCGUCUGGGGUAAUGGCGGGCACAGCCACCUGCUUCUACGCGUUCGUGGGCUUUGACGUGAUCGCUGCCUCCAGCGAGGAGACCAAGAACCCCCAGAAGGCCAUUCCUAUUGCCACCGCCAUUUCCUUGGCACUGGCAGCCACAGCCUACAUCUUAGUGUCCACCGUGCUGACCCUCAUGGUGCCCUGGCACACCCUCGACCCCAAUUCCGCCCUCUCCGAUGCCUUCUUUCGUCGCGGCUACAGCUGGGCUGGCUUCAUUGUGGCCAUUGGCUCCAUCUGCGCGAUGAACACAGUGCUCCUCAGCAACCUCUUCUCGCUCCCCCGGAUAGUGUACGCCAUGGCGGAGGACGGCCUCUUCUUCUCAGUCUUCUCCAGGGUCAACCCCGUCACCAAGGUCCCCGUCAUCGCUAUCAUGGUGUUCGGCAGCCUCAUGGCCCUCCUGGCUCUCAUCUUCGACCUGGAGGCUCUGGUCCAGUUCCUCUCCAUCGGCACCCUUCUGGCCUACACUUUUGUGGCGGCCAGCAUAAUCGUGCUGCGCUUCCAGCCCGAGAAGUCCAGCUCCAAGCAGGCCCCCUCAUCCUCCUCCAACCCCAACCCGGCGCCCUCCCCGACGGCCUUGGACGCCCAGACCAUGGCCCAGGAGAGCGGGGAGCUGAAGGAGUACGAGUCCUUCUCCGACAAGCUCCAGCUGGUGGAGGCACAGAAAAAGAGCAAAGAGCGGCGGGCCCCGGGGCAGCUGAAGGCGUGCUGGGAGCCGCACCUGGGCAGGAUCCUGGGGGACUGCGAGCCGGGGGAGGUGGUGGCCUUCUCGGUGCUGGCACUCAUGGUGAGUGCCGCGUCCCUCUGUGCCGUGCUGGUGUUCGGUAGCAACCAGCUGCAGCUGCCGGUGUGGAGCCUCUCCCUGCUGGUGGUGGUGUUCGGCCUGGCCUUCCUCCUCAGCCUGGCCCUCAUCUGGGUCCACGAGCAGCAGCACAACAUCAAGACCUUCCAGGUGCCUCUGGUCCCCUUCAUCCCUGGCGCAAGCAUCCUGCUCAAUGUUUUUCUCAUGCUGAAGCUUAGUCCGCUCACCUGGGUCCGGUUUGCCAUCUGGCUGGCUGCAGGGCUGCUGGUGUAUUUCGGCUACGGCAUCUGGCACAGCAAGGAGGGUCUGAGGGAGCCCCAGCCUCGGGACAUGGCGGCCCGCUACGUGGUGCUUCCCAGCGGCAGCCUGGUAGAGACAGUGCAGGCGGUGCAGCCGGAAGCCCAGAGCGAGGCCACGUCCCCGCACACCCCCGCCCCCACCCCCGAGGACCAGCAGGGCAAGAGAUGAUGUGUGUGGAGGGCCAGGAUGUCAAUCAAACUCGGGACCAUUCCUACCACUCUCCUUCUCCUCCUCCUGCUCUUUGUGUACUGUUCCUGCUUUCAUCCUCUCUCUCCAC